ACAGGCGGACACGCACGUGGUGGCUUUGCGUCUGUCGCCAAAGUCAAUUACCAUUCUUGACUCUUCUACUUAACACUUGUACAACCCUCCAAGCCUUUCGUACUACUUUUAUCAUGUCGACGACGGAGGACACGAACGGAAUCCGGCCACCGUCGGAACCGAUAUCUGAACCAACACACGCUCAGUUCACCGGAAAAAAAGAGCCGUUCAUUCAUUCCUUACUUGCAAUGAUAGUUUGGCUUGGCUCUGUACACCUCAUCGCUUUUAUCAUUCUCGCUUCCUUCUUCUUCCUCUCUCUUCACAAAUUCUUCCUGGUGUUGGGAAUGCUUGUGAUCUUAGUUGUGAUUCCGAUUAACGAUCGAAGUAGAUCGGGGAGAACUUUAGGCAGGUUUAUAUGCAAGCAUGCUGUCGGUUAUUUUCCUGUUACUCUAUAUGUAGAGGAUUAUAAAGCCUUCAAUCCUGAUCAGGCUUAUGUUUUUGGGUAUGAGCCCCAUUCAGUUUGGCCAAUUGGAGUUGUGGCACUGGCAGAUCUCACGGGUUUUAUGCCACUUACCAAAAUAAAAGUCCUUGCCAGUACUGCUGUGUUUUAUACACCGUUCCUGAGGCAUAUAUGGACAUGGCUUGGACUAACAGCAGCAACAAGGAAAAACUUCUCAUCUCUUUUGAAAGCUGGUUAUAGCUGCAUAAUUGUACCCGGUGGAGUGCAGGAAACAUUUUACAUGGAACAUGAUUCCGAGAUUGCCUUUCUGGAAACAAGGAAAGGAUUUGUACGCAUUGCAAUGGAGACUAAUAGCCCCUUGGUUCCAGUUUUUGGCUUUGGUCAGUCCUAUGUUUACAAAUGGUGGAAGCCACGUGGGAAAUUGUUCCUGAAAUUUUCUCGGGCUAUAAAGUUCACCCCGGUUAUUUUCUGGGGUAUCUUAGGGUCUCCUUUACCCUACCAUCAACCGAUGCAUGUGGUCGUUGGUAGACCGAUACAUUUCAAAAAAAAUCUGAAGCCUACUGUAGAAGAGGUUUCGGAAGUACACAGGCAGUACGUUGAAGCAGUUAAAGAUCUAUUCGAGAGGCAUAAAACGAAAGCCGGAUAUCCUGAUCUUCAGUUAAGAAUCAUUUGAGUCUCCAUCCUAUUGCUGCAGUUCUACAUUCACACAGUUAGGUCACUGGUUGCAACAAGUCUCUAAGGAAACCGAAAAAUUGCUAGAAAUGCCUCGGGAAACACAAAAUACAUGCAUGUAUCCGUAGAUCACGUUGUACAAACUUAGAAGAUCUGUUGUUACUUUGUCGAUUUGCUAUGGCAGACGAUAUGUAAAAAUUUGUACACUUGGUUAUGUUUUCGGUUAUUUGGAACUUCACUUAUUAC